AUGGUUAUUAAUAUUAAAGAAAAAAGAAUAGUAAUUAUAGGUGGUGGUCCAGGUGGUUUAUCUUUGGCAAGAAUGUUACAACUCAAAGGUUGUGAAAAUGUUAUGGUAGUCGAAAGAGAUAUAGACCGCAGUGUUAGAAUCCCAGGAGGUACAUUAGACUUGCAUCCAUACAGUGGUUUACAUUUUAUCAAGGAAGCAAAAUUGGAAAAUGAAUUUAAACAGCUAUCAAGACCUGAAGGCGCAAGUUUUACAUUGACCGAUAGAAAUGGUAAUUUUAAACUCAGAUGUCCACAUUUAAAGAUCUCAGCACUAAAACCAGAAAUAGAUAGAGGGGUAUUACGUGACCUUUUAAUCGACUCUUUAACUCCCGAGACUGUACAGUGGGACCAUCAUUUUAAAACCCUAAAGAAAUUAGAGGAUGAUACAAUAGAAAUCGAAUUCAAGAACGGUAAAAAAAUAAUUGCAGAUGUAGUUAUAGGUGCAGAUGGUGCAAAUUCAAAGAUAAGGCCAUUUGUUAACGAAAAAUUGAAACCAAUAUAUUCAGGUGUCACUAUUGUCGAAUGCGAAGUUAACGACCCAAAUGAAACAUGUAGCGAAGCAGUAACAUUGGUCGACCAUGGCACCUAUUCAGCAAUAGACAAUGGAAAAGCUUUUAUGCUGCAAAUGAAAGGAGAUGGAACUCUUGUUGUAUAUUGCGCAAUGAAAAAACCAGAGUUUUGGCAUAAAGAAAUAGAUUUCAAUAAUAGAGAACAAGUUUUAAAUAUUUUAAAGAAUGAAGAAAUACCAGAUUGGAACCCAAUUUAUCAUAAGGUACUUGAUAAUAUUUCAUCAAAGUUUAUACCCAGACCAUUAUAUACAAUUCCUUGUACCAAAGAACAUCUAUCCAACUCUGAUAAUCAACCAUGGACCACCGAAGCACCUAUAACAUUAAUUGGGGAUGCUGCACAUGUAAUAGUACCUUUCCAAGGAGCUGGUGUAAAUAUGGCUUUAAUGGAUGCAGUAGAGUUAUCAGAAUCACUAGUGAACCCACCCAAAAGCGAUAGCUCAAUUAUAGAAAGAUUAAACCAAUACGAAUUAAAAAUGCAAAAAAGAAUGUCAAAGGAAGCAAUUGAAAGCAUGGAAGCAAUGGAAUUAUUCACAUACGAUACAAAUGCCCCAGAUCAAGCUAUUAGUUUUUUCUUUGGGAAAUUUAAAUUUUUGGUUCCAAUUUUACCAUUAUUUAUAAACUUUAUAAAUUAUUUUACUGAUUUAUUUGGUUUUACUAAGUAA